GUUUGGAAACCUUUCUUAACAGCCUUCAAACAAAUGGUUUUCAUCAAGCUACCUGCAGUCAUGCCAUUUUUUAAAUCAACUCAGUUAACACCACAAUGCACAAAACUGUUAGAUGUUAAGUCACAGAAAUGUGGACUGCGCCACACAGUUUAUGCAACAAAUGGAGAUAAAUACACCGGAGAGUGGCAAAACAACCAGAAGCAUGGAACAGGAACUCAGAUUUGGAAGGAAUCUGGAGCAUCUUACAAUGGAGAGUGGAAAUUUGGAAAACCUGACGGAUAUGGCAAUUACUGUGUACUCGUGUCAAAAACGAAGAAGUAUAUGUAUCAGUACAGUGGAAAUUGGAAAAAUGGAAAGAAGCAUGGAUAUGGGCGGUACUUCUAUGAUAACUCAGCAGUUUAUGAAGGUGAUUGGAGUGAGAACCAUCGGACUGGCUUGGGAAAAAUGUACUAUGGGAAUGGAGAUAUCUACCAUGGAGAGUGGAUGAUGGAUAAGUGUCAUGGAAAGGGCAGCCUUCAAUAUGCAAAUGGAAACUGGUAUGAAGGAGACUGGAAAGAUGGCAAGAAGAACGGUAAUGGCAAGUUCUGCUAUCCUGACAAAGGCCGAAUUUAUAAAGGCUUUUGGGUGGAUGGAGUUGCAAAAUGUGGCACCCUAUCCUAUUUUGGGAAGGAUGAUGCACCAACCCCAACAAAUCAUCCAAUUCCACAGUUACAACUAGUGGAUAUGGAGUUGGUUUUAAGGGAUGCCCAGGCAGCCAACUUUGAUCAGCGCUCUAAAAAAUAGAGGAUCUAUAGCCCACAAGACACAAACUGUGCGGGGGAGUGCCCGGGGGGAUCAACGCGC